GGCUUUACGAGGAAGAAGAACGAAAAAGAUAGAAUCAUCAUCGUUCCCUGAGUGACAGAGUUUAUUAUCUUCUUCAUCUCCCAAUCCUGAGCUCUGCGUUUCUCUUCCCACUCCACACAAAGUGAGAAGCAAAAAAACGCCCAGAGAAGCAAUCAAAGAAGCUAAUCGAUAAUGCAGACAAUCAUACACAAUCUCUCGUUUUGUACCUUCAACUCUACCAUGAUUGAUCCAAAGCCAAGGUUUCAAUUUUCUUCUUUUGUAACUCUUCCUCCAACUUAUUCACUGCAACACAAACUCUGUAAAAGGGCAAUGAAUAAACAGUUUAUAGCAGUUUGUGCAGCACCAUCAGAUGUAGAGACUUCUUCUAAGGAUGAAUCAGUUUCGAUUACGAAAGUGGAGACUUCAAACAGCAAUGAAGUUAAGGUGCAUGUAGAAGUGUCAGGAGAGAAGACUCAAACAGUAUUCAAUAAUGUCUUUGAGAAAAUGGUUGCUGCAGCUCAGCCAAUUCCGGGGUUCCGAAGAGUCAAAGGAGGAAAGACCCCAAAUAUACCCAGAGAUGUUUUGUUAGAGAUCCUUGGAUAUUCUAAAGUCUAUAGGCAGGUGAUAAAGAAAUUGAUCAACUCUGCUAUUGAAGACUAUGUUAAACAGGAAGACCUGAAGGUUGGCAAAGAGUUGACUGUUAAGCAAAGCUAUGAAGAUCUUGAAGAAACAUUUGAACCUGGUGAAAGUUUCAGCUUUGAUGCUAUUAUAAAGCUUCAAGAAGUGAGUUGAUAAAAGCGUUUAUCCUAAGGUAACUUAUCAAUGGGAUAUGUCUUGUCGAGUAGGAAAGGAUAAUCAAUUGGAUUGAGCUUAUGGUAAUAAAAGUUUGAAACUUUAGUAUAUCUUGUUCCUAAAAUCUUGUAGUUUUGAUGACAUGAAUGGUGUGUUCUCCAAAACAAUAAGGUAGUCACACAGAUAAUAUAACUGAACAAAACAAACAAUAAAUGAAUGAUUCGGUUACACUUCCUAA